UACCACUCCAGUCAGUGCAGAAGUGACUAGUUCUACAUGUAGUGAAUUUCAAAUGCCGAUUAAUAUCUCCGAUUCGGAGAUAACCACAUGAAGCAAACUCCGAAUUCGACACUUCCCGCCAACCAUGCUGCCAUGGCUUCACCAAAUAACCUCACCACCGCCCAAAGAACAUCAAAACUACAAUCCAAAAACCCAAUCAUGACCACAAGAUCUCCCCCUCAACUCAGCCUCAAAGGCGCCCGCAUCGCACUCGCAGCCAGCGAAGCCAAAGCCACGAGUUUAGGAAUCGACAUGAACAUAGCCAUAGUAGACGCUUCCACCCACCUCGUCGCUUUCUCCCGGAUGCCCAAUGCCAAAAUCACAUCCAUAAACAUAGCAAUCGACAAAGCUUUUACGGCUGCUGGCCACAGAAUAGGAACUCAUAUGUAUAAAGAAGCUGUUUGGCCUGGUGGUCCAGCUUUUGGGUUGGGGACGAGCAAUGGGGGCCGGUUUGUGACCAUUGGUGGGGGUUUGCCGGUGGUGGAUGGGGAAGGGCGGGUUGUGGGCGCGGUGGGUGUUAGUACGGUAUGUUUUUAUAUUUCUUAUCGGACUCUCAUCUAGCUUGAGAGAGUAUGAGAUUUACUCAUUGUGGGAAUAGGGCACACCUGCGCAAGAUGAAGUCGUUGCGAGAGCAGGGGUUGAGGCUGUGGAGAAGGUUUUGAGAGAUGAAGGAAAGGUGAAAGCUAAACUGUGAUGAACGCCGAAGUUGAACAGAAAUUCAUUCCUCAGCUCAUCUCCACUUUCACUGCAAUGGGGAGCAAUAAGCAUUCAGUCAGCGGACAAAUGACUAUUCCCAAACCUAAUAUAUUCCUCCGCGUUAAAACCCCCUCCAGGGCAAAACAAACGUGAAAGUAACAAGGUUCACAUGGAAUAUUUUAGUGGAACACAGGGUAGAAUUCCCACUGAGAUUGUUCGUUUAUUUUGCCCC